GGCCACCGACGAUCCACGGACAAACGGCACAGCCCGACACAGCCGCGCUGCACUAUGGCCGAACCGCAGGCAGGCCCCUCCGGACGCAGCUGGGCGGACAGCGAGGGCUUCGACGUGAACGUCAUCAGCCGCCUGUUCUGCAGGGACUACCACAACGAGCUGGCCGCCAUCAUAGAGGCGGUCUCCGAGAGGCUCGAAGUUUACCUGAGUACGGUGCAGCUCUUCAAGGUUCAGAUUACACUUGGAGGCUUCGAUGCAGAUAAAGAUGGUUCGGAAUUAGAGGCGGCCUUCCUGGAGCAGACUGUGGGGUACGUGGAGUCUGUGUACAGCGACAUCUACCAGAUGGAGAGCGCGCAGAGGGACCUCGGGACCAUGGCGGAGGCCGCCACAGACCACUGGGAGGCACUGCCGCACUCGGACACCACCCCAGCGCACAUGGACCGCAGCACCGAGAUCGUGGGCCACUGGCUCAUGGUCUGGUGCCGGCCCUUCUUCGGCAGACGCAGAAGGGCUGCUGAAGGAGAUGACGUAAAACUGGAGGAAGUGGUCGAAGCGUCCGGAGGGGCCGAAGGCGAGGAAGUGCAGCUGGUCCGUGAUGAGGGCGUCAGUGGCCGAGGCGCUCCAGAUGAAGCGGUUCAAGGUAAUGAAGACGAGGAUUGUGAAGAAUACCACAGUUUAAUCGAAGGCAGCGAUGGAAAUGGAAACUCAGAUGCCGAGAAAGAUGCAUAUGCAGACAGAAACGGAAAUGGGAUCUCAAAUGGCGAGGAAAGUUGGAAUGGGAAUGGCGACAGCAAUGGAAAUGGGAUCUCAAAUGGCGAGGACAGUGGAAAUGGAGUUUCAGAAUCACUAGAUGCAGCUAUCGACAAAUGUAAACCAAACUCCGGCCAUCGUCGCUUAGUUAGUGGUCGUUCGUUCCAAUCGCUGAUGAACGAGGUGUACCGCCAGUACGGCAUCACGAGGAGGGUGCUGCUGCGCCACAUCCACCGCCUCUGGUUCCUGACCAGGGCGCGCCAGCAGAGGAAGGGCGGCGAGUCGCUGCUGGCCGAGCUGAGCACCACGCUGGACAGCGUCGAGGUGGAGAUGGUGGAGGCCCAGCUGGAGAUGACGCGCCGCGCAGAGGUGGUGCGUCAGUUCGGCGAGGCCAUGUGGCCCCCUUACCAGCCGCAGCCGCCGCCGGAGGAGUCGGCGCAGGACCACCACACGGCUGGAGGCUUCCUGUGGCGGGUGCUGGAGAGCGUCUGGCACACCUUCGCCAACUGCUUACCGCAGCGCCGCAACUAGAGGCGUGCAGUACCCGACCGUACACCGGGAAGUGCGAACGUGGUUCUUGACUGCCUUGGAGGACUUCUCCGAAACUUUUCGGAAUUUUAAGCAAACUUGGAACAACUUUUUUAUCUGCGACACAGCUAUCUAAUUUGGCUAUACAUUUUUAGUUUCAUUAA